AUGUGCCCUUAUGUGUGUCUGUAUGUGUGCCCCUAUGGAUGUCUGUAUGUGGCCCCAUGUGUGUCUGUAUGUGUGCCCCUAUCUCUGUCUAUAUGUGUACCCCUAAGUGUGUCUGUAUAUGUGUGUCUGUAUGUUUGCCUCUUGUGUGUCACUACUUGUGCCCCUAAGGAUGUCUGUGUAUGUGCCCCUUUGUGUGUCACUACUUGUGCCCCUAUGGAUGUCUGGAUGUGUGCCCCUAUGUGUGUGUUUGUGUGCCCCUAUGGAUGUCUGAUUGUGUGUCCCUACGUGUGUCUGUUUGUGUGCCCCUAUGUGUAUUUGUAUGUGUGCCCCUACGUGUGUCUGUACAUGUGCCCCUUUUGUGUCUGUACAUGUGCCCCUUUUGUGCCUGUACAUGUACCCCUGUGUGUGACUGCAUGUGUGCCCCUGUGUGUCUUGUGUCCCUAUAUGUGCCCAUAUGUGUGUCUGUAUGUGUGCCUCUACGUGGGUCUGUAUGUGUGCGCCUAUGUGUGUCUGUACGUGUACCCCUACAAGUGUCUGUAUGUGUGCCCCUAUGUGUGUCUAUACAUGUACCCAUAUGCGUGUCUGUUUGUGUGCCCCUAUGGAUGUGGGAAUGUGUGCCCCUAUGCGUGUCUUCAAAGAUGCCCCUACGUGUGUCUGUAUGUGUACCCCUAUGUGUCUUUAUGUGUGCCCCUAUGUGUGUCUGUACAUGUGCCCUUAUGUGUGUCUUUGUGCCCCUAUGGAUGUCUGAAUGUGUGCGCCUAUGUGUGUCUAUUUGUGUGCACCUAUGGAUGUCUGAAUGUGUGCCCCUGCGUCUGUCUGUAUAUGUGCCCAUACGUGUGUGUGUGUCUGUGCCCCUAUGUGUGUAUGGAUGUGGCCCUCAUGUGUGUCGGUACAUGUGCCCCUAUGUGUGUCUGUGCAUGUGCCGCUGUGUGUCUGUAUGGGUGCCCCUACGUGUAUCUGUAUAUGUGCCUCUACGUGUGUCUGUAUGUGUGCCCCUACUUGUGUUGA